GUGUCAGUGGAGAUGUUCUUGCUUAGCAUAUGUAUAGGCUUUUAUAUAUAUUUUUAUAUAACAUUAUAUAUAAAUUAAAAUUACAUCUGGAGCCAAACUAGUCUCGGAAGUUGUUCUGCUAAGACGUCGAUCUUAAGAUGUUGGCGAGUUUGCUAGUUAGCUUAGUCGUCCUGGCUUUGUUCUGGGUGUUCAAGCAAUGGCAGGACACGAGGAACUUCUGGGCCAAGAGGCAAGUGCCUCAUCUGCCUCCGCACCCAAUAGUCGGCAGCCUCACAUUCAUGAUGAAGAUGAAUCCGGGAGUGUGGAUGCGGGAGUUGUACGAUCGUUUCCGUGCACCGUACGUGGGCGUGUGGUGGUUGUGGCGGCCAGCGCUGGUCGUGCAAGACCCGGAGAUAGCGCGUCGUAUCCUCGUCAAAGACGCGCACAUCUUCAAGGACCGCUACCUCUCCGGCGGGAAGAGAGACAUCAUUGGCUCUAUGAAUCUCUUCACCAUGAAGAGCCCGCUGUGGGGGACGCUACGACGUCGCCUGACCCCGGUGUUCACAUCAGCCAAGCUGAGGAGUCAGCAGAGGCACUUCAUUGAUAAAACCCAGCAACUCAUGCAGAGGAUCAAAAUGGACAUGGACAAGGAGAAACGUGUCAACUUGAGAAUGGUGUACUCGGACUACACGACGGACGUGGUGGGUCAGACGUCGUUCGGUGUGGCGAGUGACUCAACGCUGAGUGGUCGCGGCCCGCUGCGCGCAGUCACCCUCGACUUCAUGGAGUUCAGCUGGUGGCGCGGCCUCGCCUGGGCCAGCAUAUUCUUCUAUCCCGAUAUCAUUGGUAUAUUCGGGUUCACAUUUUUCCCGAAGGCGGCGACAGAUUACUUCAAGCAGGUAUACAGUCAGAUAGUGCGCCAGCGCGGGGGGUAUGCAGCACCCGCUCAGGGGGGAGACCUCUUCGACGCGCUGCGCAAGAUAAAGCAGGAGAGCGACAACAAUGGAGAAGAUAUCGGUGACGACGUGCUGGUGGCGCAGGCGGCCAUCUUCUUGCAGGGGGGUUUCGACACGACUGCCUCGGCGAUGGCGUUUGCCACAUACGAGUUGGCGCAUCUGCCUCAUGUCCAGGACAAAUUGUAUGAUGAGAUCAUGGAGAUUAAACAAAACAUGGGCGAAGGUGAGCUGGACAUGGACAAGCUGCAGGCCGCCAAGUAUCUCGAAUGCGUUAUUAAAGAGGCUCUGAGGAAGUAUCCGCCGAUGGGUUGGCUGGACAGAAUCGCUUCGGUGGAUUACGAGGUGGACGACAAGCUGACCAUCCCCGCGGGCACCCCCGUCUACGUGAACGCCAUCGGCAUGCACUACGACCCCCUCCACUUCCCCGACCCAAACCUCUUCGACCCUGACCGCUUCCUGCCGGAGAACGAGAACAAUAUCAAACCUUUCACUUAUUUCCCUUUCGGUGAAGGUCCCAGGGUUUGUAUCGGACGUAGAUUCGCGAUGCAGAACAUGGUCCACAUGCUCUCCAACAUAGUUCUGAACUACAAGGUGGUGCCGACCCCCCUCGGGCCGCCGCACACAGACAUACCCAUUGAGAAGAAGGGCUUGUUCCUCUUCCCAGGUGAAAAUCUGUACGUACAAUUUGUACCGAGAGAUGUUUGAGUAAAUGUGAUUAACUACAAUUUUUUCAUAUUUAACACAACUGACACCCUUUAGUUUCAACGAGGCCUUAUUUAUCAUUUAACAAUUGUUAAUGAGGAAUUAUAUAUUUUUUUUGUUUAUGCA